CCUGUUUAUUUCGAUCGGGAUCGGAAUCUCAACAUGAGGUAGCAAGUCUUCACAUAUCGACAAACAUGGCGAUGCACGUUCCCAAGGCACCGGGCUUUGCCCAAAUGCUUAAAGAUGGAGCCAAGCACUACAGUGGCUUGGAUGAAGCUGUCUAUAGAAACAUAGAUGCCUGCAAGGAACUAGCAGCUACCACUCGAUCAGCAUUUGGACCAUUAGGUCAGAGUAAGAUGGUGAUUAACCACAUCGAGAAACUGUUUGUCACAAAUGAUGCGGCAACAAUUCUCAGAGAACUAGAGGUCCAGCAUCCAGCUGCCAAGAUGAUCGUGAUGGCCUGUCAGCAACAGGAACAGGAAGUGGGCGACGGCACAAACUUUGUAAUGAUUUUUGCCGGGGCACUGUUAGAAAGUGCUGAAAUGUUGAUUAGGAUGGGAUUAUCUGUCACAGAAGUCACAGAAGGUUAUGAAAUAGCCCUGAAGAAAGCAUUAGACAUUCUUCCAGGACUGGUUAGUGGAGAACAGAAGAAUCUGAGGGACAAAGAGGGGGUCGUUAAAGCUAUUAGAACUGCUGUCAUGAGCAAACAGUAUGGCAACGAAGACUUCCUAGCAAAAGUCAUUGCAGAUGCUUGCAUGUCUGUCCUAACUAAAAAGCUGGCAUUCAAUGUAGACAAUGUUCGAGUUUCCAAAAUCCUGGGGGCAGGAGUUCACCAGACAGAUGUCAUUCAGGGUAUGGUGUUCAAAAGAGCUGUAGAAGGGGAGCUAACCAAGGCAGAAAAAUGUAAAAUUGCAGUGUAUUCAUGUCCUCUAGAUAUUCUUCAAACUGAGACAAAGGGAACAAUCAUAAUAAAAACUGGUGAAGAGUUGAUGAAUUUCAGUAAGGGAGAAGAAAACCAAGUAGAGGAGCAAAUCAAGGCCAUUGCUGACUCGGGCUGUACUGUAGUGGUUUCUGGGGGUAAGGUUGGAGAGCUGGCCCAGCAUUUCUGUAACAAGUACAAACUCCUAGUGGUCCGCCUGAUGUCCAAGUGGGACCUCCGACGUCUGUGUCGUUCUGUAGGAGCCACCCCUCUACCAAGAAUCACCCCACCAACUGCUGAUGAGGCGGGAUACAGUGACAAGGUCUAUGUGGAUGAAAUUGGGGAAACAGCUGUCAUUGUUUUCAAACAAGACUCGGAAGAGAGUGCUAUUUCAACCAUCGUCAUCCGAGGAUCUACAGAAAAUGUGAUGGAUGACAUAGAAAGGGCCAUAGAUGAUGGCGUCAACACGUUCAAAGCUCUCACCAAGGAUUCCAGAAUGGUGCCAGGAGCAGGUGCCACAGAAAUAGAGCUGGCUAAACAGAUCAGUAGCUAUGGAGAAAGUUGUCCAGGCCUUGAGCAGUAUUCUAUUGUGAAGUUUGCUGAAGCUCUAGAAGUUGUACCAAAGGCCCUAGCUGAAAAUGCUGGAGCAAGGGGAACUGAAGUCCUGUCCAAACUGUAUGCAGCUCAUCAGGAGGGCAAGAAGAGUGUCGGAGUGGAUGUGGAGUCUGUGCCAGUUGGAGUGAGAGAUGCUCUAGAGGCCAACAUUCAAGAUCUGUACAUCAACAAGUUCUGGGGGCUCAAGUACGCCACCGUGGCCGCCUGCACCGUGCUGAAAGUGGACCAGAUUAUCAUGGCUAAAGCUGCUGGAGGUCCCAAACCCAAAGAGAACAAAGACUGGGAUGAGGAUUAAUGAAGAUUAUGAUGAUUAGCUAAUCCUAACAGACUAUCAACAAGGCUGGCCCACACCAUCUCAUUGCAGUUGUCACAAACAUCAGAUGUGUUCAGAGUUCAUUCCCCUCAUCAGUUCAACGGUUCAUGUUCAUCUCUAAGCACAUGAAUGGAGUUGCAAUAAUAAAUCUUAUAGACAAUGGUGGACACAGAUUAUGGCUAACACAUGUUUAGAUGUGUUAUGUUUUAUUUCUUUUGUGUUGAAGUUUUAUAAAAACUGGACCAGUGAUUGCUACCUAAUUAAUUAUGCCUCAAGAUAUAUAUUAUGCAUAAAAAAGGCAUGAUUUUUCUCCAAUAUGGAGGAGAAUCAAGACUUAAUUUCAUAGAGAACUUGUGUGAGAUGGUUGUUUCAAGCCUAAUGUACAUGAUCAAAUUUUGUGAAGGAUUUGUUGCUGAUAUUUUUUUUUUAUAAUAUUUAUGCUUUUGUGAAUGUCCCGAUAUUUACAUAAAUCUGAAAAUAAAACUUGAAUUCCCAAAAACAAA